UUUUAGCUCCUGGAAUGUUUGUUUACUGUAAUGUACUUGGGCAAUUUGGGAAAUGUGUAGAAAAAGUGAUGAUACAGAAAGUUAAAUGUUGUGCAAAUAAUUUGAUUUCCUGCACAUUAUUUGUUUUUGUAUAUAUGAUCUGAAAAAAUUUUAUCUGUCUGUUACUGAUUAACAAACUAAACUAUUUAAAAGAAGUAGAUGCACUUUUUAACAAUGGCCUCACUUCAAGGAUUGCCACCUUUACCUAAAAGCCUUAGUGGUCUUCUGAAUUUUAGUAGUGCACAAUGGAAAGAGUUAGAACGUCUUCACACUAUGAGGACAAUGAUUCAACAAGACCUGAGUCGUGGGAUGGCUGAAAGGACUAAUUUGCAGAGAGUUCCUUCACAAAGUGGCAGCUCUGAAAAUGUUCAAAGUGAUCAUGGUAGUCCUGCUUCCGAUGUGCCAGGACAAAAUCGGGCUGGCAGACUAGAUGUGCAGCUAGCAUUACUGAGAAAAGAAAUGGUUGGUUUGCGUCAAUUGGAUAUGUCACUCUUGUGUCAGUUAUGGUCUCUAAACGAAUCUAUUCAUGAAUACAAGCAAUUAUUACAAGAUCGCAUGUCUCUUAGCUUAUCUCCAUCUCAUGCAUCCUCACCAGGCUGGGACAAUGGAAUUGAUUCUCCUAGUAGCGAAGAACAUGGAGAAAUAAAUGGCAAGCUUUUUGACUCUGACAGCAAAAAUUCUCAACAAAGAGAAAAAACUGAACAGGAUCAAAAUUCAACUCCAAAAAAACUAUCAUCUGUGGACAGUACAUCUCACUCAAGUCUUGAAUUUGGAGACAUUUGAAUAAGUGAAAAUAUUUUUAACAUUUUUAAUAAAAAUACUCAUCCACCACUACAUUAUAUAAAAUCUAAAUAUGUGUAUAUUAAAGUAGAUAUUUUUUAAUAUUAUAUACUAAUAUUGUGGCAUUUUUAAGGGAUCUGGAUUCUUAGUAGUGGUCUAUGUUUAUAUAAUGUUUUGUUUAAUUUAAAGAUCUGAUAUGUUACUAUUUUUCUUAAAAUAAAAUUUAAAAAAGAUGUGUUA